UCGUUUAUUGACUGUCACAUUUCUAAAUCGUUUGAUUAUGAAAGAACGCUUGGUUUCACCGUGUUAAGUAUUGCAGCUUUACAAACUGGAUGCCACAAUGCUGCCGACAAAUGCUGCCAUACGGCGGACGGAGCUGAAACUCGGGAUGGUAUCUGUUCUUGGCAAUCGCGUUAUUUUUGUGCUCCUGUUGAAGUCAUAUAUGCAGGCACACCUGAAGGAUCUGGUUGACAAAGAUGCUGCAGACAAGUCCAGUGCAGCAACUGAGGCUUUGUUAAAAGAUCUUCAACAUGAUAUCAAGGACCCUUAACAAAGGAGCUGUUAAUGCAAGACAAGGACAGGGAAAGUCAAAGUUCUUACAAAGGUUUAAGGAUCCUAAAGACAACCGAUGGUAGUGAGGACCAGCAUCCCUGCUAUCCAGAAAAGGCGGCAAUAGUCUGCUGUACUGCUGCCCAUGGUGGAAAUCAUAGUGAUCCUGCUGUUGAUUUUCCUGUAACGACUGAUGUAUCGAAGCAACGGGAAGAGGAACCUAUGCAUGAUUUUGAGGAGAUGCAAAGAAAGCUUGAUGACAACAUGGAGCUUCAGAGGCAAUUUGAGAACGAGGCUAAACAAAAACGUCUUGCUGAGCAAAAUAAGAAUGUAGGUGAGGGUGUGCCUGUUGUCUCCUCUGAAUCUGGUGAAUAAUUUGAUUCAAGUGAGCAGCAGCCAGAGAAAUCUGGACCUGAACACUUGCCUUUCAGUGGUAUCUAUUUCGGUAAAUUUAAUUGGACAGAUUUUGUUCGAGGUCAGAGUGUCAAAUUGGAUGAGAAAUCAUGAACUUGAACAAGCAUCCUUGCCUUUAAGUGGUGUCUGUUUCAAUUGUUUCGAUUGGAAAGUCUUGCUCAGGCUCAAAGUGUCAGAUCAGAUAAGAAAUUCAGUGAAAUUGAACAACCGAAGCCCUCUGAAACACCUGAAGUUGACUAGAAUUAAUCUAUGCACAUGAGUAACCUGCUAGUAUUUGGCAAAGAGUUACAGAGUUUUACCACAGAAGGCAUAGACACAUCUCAAGGAUGAUAGUUAUCUAGAGAACGUGGGGUCAUGUGCAUGUGACACAAUAACAACGUUUUCCCUUUCAUUCUGGUUUGUUUUUCUUGCUGUUUUUGAGUAUUUGCUCUGCUCCUGCUACACAUCCAAUGACAAAGACGACCCUUUUUCCCCCAUAUGCAUUAUAUUUCCCUCCCUCCUAUCUGGUUUACUAGUUCUUGCAUUAGUUUGGCCACCCACAAUCUUCUUAUGAUCUCAAAACUUUCCCAACCCAAGUAAUCCUAUCAUACCAGCCCAAAGAAAAUGUAUUUUGGUUCCCAACAGUAGAAAAGCCGGAUAGAGCCAAUCACCCAGUAAGAAUUAAUAGUCUUGAAUGGCACCUGCUUUGAGCAGAACCUAACUUGCUCAUUGGUACAUAUGAUGGCCAAAAUUUAAACAAAAGUCCAGUCCUAUAAGAUUGAACAUUGGAUGAUAUCUCCGGCUCUAUUAAAGAAACACUGUCAAUUGCCAAAAUAGCCAUACACAUCAUGCACAUGCUUUUGCGCAUCUAUAAGGCUUUAUAAAUUCAUUGGAAUGCAGGCACAGAACAUUAUUGGAUAAAGUUGCAUUCAUUCUCUCCGCAACCAUAGAAAAUUGUGACAGGCAACAAUGCCCACCAUCAUGUCAUACAAUGAAUGCCACUCAUCUUCGAUAUGUCCCAAUCGAGCAAGUAAAAACGACUUC